AUGAUUAUUUUUAUUUGCUCACACUAAUAACAGAAGGGUUGACGGCUGUAUAAAACAUCUCAUCUGCUACAGAAAUACCAAAUUCAGAAAUCAAAACAAAUGCAGUGAUUUUCAGACGUUUGUCAAUUGAUAUGGAACAUGUUUAUGUAUAAACACAAAAACUGUCGCUGCUGGAAGGCCCCAUGAAGCACAUUUGAUGUUUUGUCAACUUUGUUAUUAAUUUAUAAUUCACUGCACCGACUUUACUCAUGCCACUCAGUUUGCUCGUCUUGGUAAGUGGGCUACUACUCAGCUUGUGAAAACAGCUGUGUGAUGUCUUCUGUGGCUCUGGGGCUAUGUCAAGUCUGAGAAAAUAACCCUGAUGAAGUCACCAGAUGUAGCCUAGAAAUGUAGGCUCCUGCUUUUUUUUUUUUUUGGAGCUUGACCCAUACUAGGGACUGACAGUCGGGAUAUCUUGGCCACUGCUGCUGCUGUUUUUGAUCUGUCUCUUCUGAGUCCCCCAACUUUAUGGAAGUGCAGUACUAAAUUGCUGGAGUAACCCUUUAAUCUGCGUGUAUGCAGACUUAUGUCUGAUAUCCCCCUGUUCUGCAUAGUUCAAUAAAGUUUAAAAAAAAGCCUUCCUUAUACUAGUUAUAUUUCUAUUUUCUCAUUUUAACUCGGCUACUAAAACUACAAAGGUCACCUCUAGUGCUACUUCACAUAACAUCUUCAGAAGGCACAUUCAAGGAUAUAUUGACAUCAUAAUGUAAAAUGUACCUACAGUUCCUACAGUAAUAUUGUAGGAGUGUUACAGUGAUUGCAUGUCUCCAUGUCCAUGCAGGAAUUAUCUGACUAUUCUGUUGCAAGAAGGUGCACAGUGCCAUUAUAUAUGAGAAACUGUUAUGCAUGAGAGCUUGUUUAGGAAUUAUGUUUUGAAUAGAAAUAAAUAUCAGGUGAAUUCCAUUAACAAACUCCAACAGCCUGUUCUUUUUGACUGUUUGUCUGAGCACUUGCUCCUUACUGCCUCCCCGAGGAGGUGACAAUAAAUAACCAAGUGAAUUCAUGUUCCUCAGUGCGCUCACUCCUCCACUGUGCCACUCUCAUCACUCCAGCUCUGAGACAGUGUCUCCAGCCUCUUAGUUUGUCAUAUUUUUCAUUUAAGGCUAUCAUGAGUGAAAUAUUUUUGCUUUAUACCCACGGAGCUCUGGCAAAAUUAAAUAAAAGUGCUCGCUGCCUUUGUUCGGAUAUCUUUUUAAAUAUUAACAAGUUGUCAUGUCAUCUCUGACUGGGAGAGGAGAGAGAUUUCCUGCCUCGCUCAGAGGAACACACUGGAGCUCAGAAGUGCAGCAUCACUGUGAGCCCGUCGGCUUUUCUGCAAGCAUUAAACGGAAAGACUGCCAACCCACGGAGCGCCUUACUCCUGAGGGUGCCGGAGGGACCAGAGGCGACCCACAUCGGAAUAUGUGCCAGAGGGCAGACGCUGUCCCGUCAUACAAGUCCCUCCCUGGAACCAUAGGAGACCGCAUCAGGAGUUCUAUGUCCUCUGGCAGCGGGACUAUAUGUAGAGGCACUAUGUCGGCGAAUCCUGGCUUUGGGAGGUCUGAUAGGAAAGUUGCGUGCUGUGAGAAGUGCUCAGUGACCCUUGUUGCUCUCAAGAAACAAGCUCUGAGCCUGGCUGUUCACCAUCACUUCUCCUGGAAGGACUCAAGUGACCUGUCUGCGUUUCUUCAUGACAACCUUCGUGUCCAUAGUCGGUCCACCAAUGAGUCCAGGGACAGAGAGAGGGAGCAGGGUGAGUGUGGAGCCUGUGGCGUAAACCUGAAGCAGCUCAAAGAAGAGGCCAUCCACUUGGCUCUGAGCAGGGGUCAGUCAUUAGCUAAGCCUCCCUUUGAACCCAGCUUUAGCACUAUUACACUGCUGGGACAAAGUGAGACAAAGCAUGGAGACAGAGCUCCAAGAGAAGCUGCCAUGGCUGUGCAUCAACCACACAGUCGCACCCACAGUCCUCACAGCCCAAGAAGCCCGAGGACGCCUCAGAGGACCCCUCAAACCCUCAGACGGAGGGAGCCCAAGCUCCCCAACCCUGAUAUGGACCGCUGGGUAGUGGAGCAGCAGCAGCUCGUCGCUUCUAAACCUGUGUCCAGCACUGAUGGUGUCACCAUCUACUCUCACCAUCAGCAGGCUGCAGAUGAUGCUGCACUAGGCGGUGGUGACGCCGGGCCCGUACAGACUAGCUCAAAGAUCCCUCACAUAUCCAGAGUGGUGACCAUCGCCAACACUGCUGCUAUGUCCCUUUUAGCCAGGGCAGUCGAGAAGCUCAACCUGACAUCGAGGAAAAAAGGCCAGGCUUCUGAUGCGGCUCCCGCUCAUCUCUCCACCUGCUUCAGGGAGAUGAUCCAGAAAAACCCACCGCCUGUCCCCUCCUGCCUGCUCCAAGCUGCCACUCGAACCAGAGACUCGCCCAAUGUUGGCAAGGUCAAAGUCGUGCUGAGGGUGAGUCCAACACUGUCAGAGGGCCAAGGCCAACCACCUGUUCUCCAGAUUGACCCGUCCAAAAAAAGAGUCACCAUAAUGGAACCGGUCAGCAAAAGCCAACCACAGUCUGUGAUGACACUAGGCAGGGAUGGCAGAAAUCUUCUGAAGACCUUCAACUUUGAAGCUGCCUAUCCUCAAGAGUCAAGCCAGGCCGAGGUGUGUGCAGGCGUCUUGGCUGAUGUCAUCCGCUAUGUGCUCAGCGGCAACGAUGGAUGUGUUCUGGGUUUGGGAUGUGCUGAUGUGGGCUCCUGGUCCAGCAUGGUGGGGAGUGGUGAGAGCAUCCAGAAGCUUGGGCUGAUUCCCUGUGCAAUCUCCUGGCUGUACAGUGCCAUCGAGAGGCGGAGGGAGAGGACCUGGACCGAUCUGACUGUAUCAGUGUCUGCUAUAGAGCUCUGCUGCGGAGAGGAGGACACGCUGAGGGAUCUGCUGGGGGAGGUCGUCCCCUCAUUAGGCGGUAUCCAGGACAGCCCAAAAGCCCAUAUUAGACUCCAAGAGGACCCCGUCUAUGGGAUACAGCUACGUAACCACAACCGGGUGAAGGCCCCUACUGCUGAGCGGGCUGCUUCCCUCCUGGACGCAGCCAUUGCAGCGCGUCGGCACAGUGACUUCGUUACGUACCUGUCCCACAGCUCUAUAAUGUUCUUCACUCUCCAUGUCCAGCCCCCUCGUACAGAAAGCAGCACCAUUGGCAAAGGUUCACGUGGCCCCACUAAGUUGACCAUGAUUGAUGUGUGUAGUGGUAUGAGGGGUAUGAGCAAAAACAAACCUCCAUAUUCUGAUCUGGGCCCUGUUGUCUUGUCUCUACUAAGUGGACAUAAAACCACCCACAACAAGUGUAGGAAGUUGACUAUGCUCCUUCAAGAGUCCUUGGGCCAUGUAAAUUGCCAUACCACAGUGAUCGCUCAGGUUGCUGAUUCACUGGCACACCUUCAAGAGACCUUAUCCACCAUCCAACUGGCUGCUCGCAUCCGCAGGACACAGAAGAGGACGAAGCAGUCCACCUCAUGUUCUCCUUGCGGGAGGAGUUUGACUAAAGAUUAUGGGAGAGGGCCUCAGUCUUUGUCCCUGCGGGCGUUCCACUCCACCGAUGAGGUUGAUGUUGACAUCCCUCGUUUCCAUUUGCGUGGUGAACUGGAUGAGCGCUCCAGUAGUGACCAGUCCUGUGACACAGUCAUCCAACUAGACUCAGAUGGCUUGGUCCAGUCCAAAGCAACCUCAAGACUGGUACAACCUGAAUUUGUACCCAUCAUACCCUCUUUGCAUCCUAACAAGGCUGACAUGGAUGACCCAGAGUUUACUGCUCUGCUCCAAGAGCUUCUGAGAAUUCCUCAGCUGCAGGGAGAGAAGAAGAAUGAGGAAACUGUUCAAGGGAAUAUUGAAGUGCUGAAAGCAGACACAAAAGAGCCAGCGAGGGACUGUCUUAAAUGUGACACAUUUGCUGAACUUCAAGAGCGCUUGGGCUGUAUUGAUGGAAGUGAGAUAACAAUGGAGGUGCUCAAGUCUUCUACAAAAGGGCCUUCUGUUAACAACGUCACAACCAAAUCACAACCCCAGAAAGAAACAGGGAAACAGACAGACACCCAAUCAUCAGAAACACCACAGAUGUUGUUGAAUCAGGGGUUAGGCUGCAGUCAGACCUCUGUUGGAGAAAAGCAAACAGAUGGUGCCUUCCCUGGAGACAGUUUUCAGAGAGAGGAUUCAGGUCUGUAUGACUGUGAGGAGUGCAGUGCAACUAGUUCCAGCGAAGAACUGCUGAAUCAAACUCUCAGUCUUAACAUGACCUGUCGCUCUGAGCUGCACAAAAAUGGAACUCUUAAGUCAGGUGAUAAGCUCUCUUAUCAGGACUUUGAUGCUCAGGGCAUGGCCGUCACCAGUUCCCUUGCACUUCAGCCUACAGGUAAACAGGAGAGUCCUGAAGCUGCUGAUUGGUUCAAACCAGACAAAAGGACCUCACCAGUUGGCAAGAGCUCCCCAAUAUCUCCUUCCUCCUCCUGCUCCUCUUCACACUCAUUGGCUACCAGUGUUAUACUUGGAGAUGUCUUGCCUAAUUACCCCACAGAGGACAUUAAGGAAAUGAAGGCAACUAUCACAGUAACUGUUCAACAGCCACUGGACCUAAAAGGUCAAGAUGAACUUGUCUUCUCUAUGGUGGAGGAGGUGACCAUCAGUGGUGCAUUGAAAAGAGGGAGGACAGGUGGAAACAUUAUUUGUAUCAAAGACACUGCCCAAUCACAAACAGAUGUUCAAGGCUCUCCCAGCUCUCAACCAAUCAGGAUAAUCAGCAAUGUCAGUGAAGAAUCUGUAACAGACUCUAACACAAAUAAAAGCUCUGUAGUUCAAUCUGUAGCUAAAGAGGCUACCAUUGAAAAGCCCCAGUAUCAAUUCAGAAGGGAAAAUAGGUUCUUACCUUCAUUUAUAAAUCCCAUGCUGAUUAAUACAAAUAUGGAUUGUGAGUUGGAAGGUGCGAAAGAAAAAGAAAGUCCUCUUGACACUAUUACAGGUGUCAAGUCACAGUCUGAGCUCAGAGAGAAUAAUGUCAAAUGUCCAGAAGAUAAGAAGGCUCUUGAGAAGAGGAGUGGGGCUUUUUAUUCUGAGACACAUAUUAAAAAGUGUGACAAAGUAUUUGACUCACCUUUUAGCCAAACCUCUUAUGACCCAAAGGUUUUGGAAGAUUCAGCUUUUUGCGAUGAAACUGCAGAAAACAAAAUGUGUGGAAAUAGACCAAGAAAUACAGACAAGAGCCACCCUAGAGACAGGGAGCAUGUUUAUUCCACUAACACUCCAAGGGGCUCAGAGGGUAGAGAAAUCGGUUCCAGACGUGUUGGGAAUGCCCCCAAGAGAAUUGGUGUUUCACCUGGUUGCCAAGAAACCGCCCCUGCUUUCUUUAAAACAGGUAGUUUGCCUAGAGGCUGGCAAAAUGCCAACCACCAGGACAGCUACCAUGGCGGUCACAUGGCAGACGACCACAGAGACCCAAGGGGGGUGACAUCAUCCACUCCGUGUAGCCCAGGGGUAACUCUGGAGAGGAGGCAGGCCAGACAGCACUCCCCAGCGAACCACAGCCCCCAUGUCUCCUCUCCUUGGAAAUGUGGAACAGAGUACAAACAGUGUGCUAGUAGUGCUCCCAGAAAGGGUGUUGAAUCUUUGUUUGAGACCUCAAGUUUAAGAAUGAAACAUGAUAAUAUGAGUGGGAGGCUGAAGUCACCCAUUGAGGACAGUAGCAGGCUUUUCAGUGCCAAACUGGAGCAGCUGGCCACCAGGACUAAUUCCCUUGGGAGAACCCCAAGGGACUUCCCAACUCUGGAUAGAGGCAGUAGCAACACCUCCAUGAGCUCUAAGGGAAGCUCCAAGGGAAGUAUUGAAUGGGUUUGUAAGGGAGAUUAUAAAGGAAAUAAUGAGGGAGAUUGUACCUUACCAAGGGCUAGCAGGAGCCCCAGGAAGAAUCCUCGGUCUGACCAGAGUCAUCACUUCUUUCCUUCUGAAAACCCUGUAACUCAAUCUGUGAGGCAUACCCAUUCCAAGCUCUCUGCUGUGGGGAAACUUAAGAUGGCGAGCCCCAAAGUCCGUCGACUGUCUGCCCCCAGCAUCAAGAACCUCAGUCUCCCCCACAAAGGCAUCCGGCAGUCCAUCAACCGCAGUGCCAGUCUUUCUCCAGAUAGUAAAACUGUAAGCUUUGAGCGGACAUCCUCCUUUCUCUCCUCUUCACCUCCACGGUCUUUUCACUCCAUCAGUCGGACUCCGAGCCAGAGCUCUACAUGCUCAUCCACAAAAUCUGCAAUCCAGGGGUUUGUCAAUGGCCGGAUCUCAGACCUCCUUAGGGAAAGGGCCUCUAGUCCCACUUCAGGAGGACUGGACCAAAUGACCACACUUCCCUCGCCAUACAGCCGGGUGACUGCUCCACGCACGCCCGAUCACCUGAGCGGGCAUGCGAGUGACACCACCAGUGUGUUGAGUGGAGAUUUGCCGCCAGCUAUGGGGAAGACAUCUCUGCAUUUCUCUAACAGGAACAGUAUGGUGAGCAGUGGAUAUGACAGCAUGGUGAGGGACAGUGAAGCCACAGGCAGCAGCACCUCAAACAGAGAUUCUGUCAGCGACAGGAGCGGCUCUCUCCUCAGUGUGGCUCGCAGCAGCCGAUCAUCUAGGAGGAAAGGCAACACAGGUACUCACCAACGUCGACUUUUUCAUGAGACACCCCUGUCUCUGAGACGCUCGGCUAGUGGUUUGCAGUCUCGCUGGGUGGAUCGGGGAAUCCCUGAGGCCUACGAGAUCAAGGUUUAUGAGAUCGACAAUGUGCAGAGGAUGCAGAAAAGAGCAGGUGCUGGCAAACAGGGGCCUGCAUGCUUCAGUGCCAAGCUGAAGUUUUUGGAGCACCGUCAGCAGAGGAUCAAAGAGGUCCGAGCCAAAUACAACAACCUGAGGAGAGAGCUAGAGCAGGCCAAACACAACCUCAUGCUGGAGCCCGCCAAGUGGAACCAAGAGUUCGACCUGUGGCAAACCUUCGAGGUGGACUCCCUGGAGCAUCUGGAGGCCCUUGAAGUGGUGACGGCUCGGCUGGAGGACAGGCUCAACCUCUGCAAGGCCAACGUCAUGAUGGUCACCUGCUUCGAUGCUGCCUCCAGGAGACGGCAUAAGAAGCGACGUCGAAAAGCGCCAGAGCAGAGAGCCUUGAAGGGAAUCUGAGUUUAAUUAUAGUGAGAAAUGAAACAUGGUUUAAUGAGGGUAAUGGAGGGGGCGCCCAUCGCUUUUCCUCAAACUCUUGUGUUUUAUCUAGUACAGCUGGCUACCUAUCACUGAACUGUUUUGGAUGAUCAAUUCAAAAUGUGUACAUCUGCCACACACUUUAACUUAAUGCACAAUUUAUGUUCUCAACUACCACAUUACCUCUGGUCCCUUUGAAUUAACCAGGUGCUACAGAUUGGAGUCUUGUUCAGUAACAUCUUGCCUUCACAGGGAGGUCAACGGUCAGAGCCAGUGACAGAGCUACUGUCCUACAGUUGGCAGGAAUUCACCUAUAAAGGGCUUAUACUUGCUACAAUGCAAUUUGUAACCAUUCUUUCAGUCAUAUUUUGGAAUUUCAAAAAAAUGUCAUGACCUUAAAAUGGACUCUUUUUCUGUUGUCGGUCAUUAAUCACAACACAGACAUGCAAAGUUUCUAUUUGUCCUUUUAAAUAACCUUAAAAAACAUUUUGUUUAUGCUUUUUUUUUUUUUUUUUUGCAUUGUAUUUAAGGCAACCAGUUCAGCUCAGUGCAGCAUGUAAUGCUAACAAGACAUUUUAGUGUGGCUAAAGGACAAAUGUUGUAACCUUUCCUCUCCUGGCAAAGAAUUUGCUGAGAAUUCAGAUCAUAAAACUUUUGCUUUAAGGUGAUAAAGGUGCAGAGAUUCUGCAUUAUUGUUUCUCUGGAAAGGCUUCCUUUGGGUUUAAUAUAGUAAAGUACAGUACACUUGAUAUUGGAUAUAACUACUAUAGAUACUUAACAUUUGUGCAGGGUUACUCAUUGAGCACUUUUGUCAAUUUGUUAAUGGUCUGAUUUCACUCUUUUGAAGGAGUUUCUUGAAGAUUUGAUACAUACCUCGACAUCUUUUUAACAUGCAUCUUUCACUCACAGGCAACUUGCAGUCUCAGACUAAUGAACUGAUUAAAGUUGCUCUUUUUCCAUCUUUGAUUAAGACGAGGUUUGUCCAUCACAGUUAUUUUCCACUGAGUCUUCAAAAGGGAAUAUGCCAUUUUGUAUAUAGAUUUUGGUGCUGAAUACAAUUAAUGAAAAUGAAUUUGUGUAAACUAAUGUAAAAAUGCCUCCAACUAUUAAAAGGAUGCUGGGUUGAGGUGAUUAUUUAGCAGGAAUCACAGCAGUUUCUCAGUAGGCUGUGGAAACAGUGACUGAGCUGCCUGAACAGACGGAGGAAGGACUGAAGGACGAGGUUUCAGUUCCUUCACGUAACCGCCAACAGAAACACCAUUGUGAAUGUUUUACUCUCUUCAGAGGAGGGGUGGCCAGCGAUCAAUAAACUGGCUGCUAACGCACAUUAGUAAAUGAUUGGUGGCAGAAUAAAAAAUGUGGAUUCUACUCUCAGUGUAAUGGAGGAGUAAUUACAUUAAAGGAAUAACGUCUUUGUCUCUGAAGAGCCCCGUGGCUCUGAAGUCAUUGAGCCAAUAAUAGCGGAUGGACUGAUGCAUAGUAAUCAAUGUACAAUGCUAGGUUUUCUACCUAGAUCAAUGCAUUUAAACAUACAGGGAAGACACACACACUGGACGUCUGUUACGUGAAUCCCAUUAAUCAGCAUGUUGUACGUCACUGCUAAUAAAUGCUCACAGCUCUCAGUUAUUUUCUGUGUUUGUAGACAUUGCAGACUGUGCAUCCUUUGAUUUGCAAAAAUUAAAGUCAUUAUGCAGUUCCUG